AUGCAAGCUGAAAUAAAACAUAUUAAGGAAAAGUAUGCUACCUCUGAAGAUAUAUGUGAUUUGAAGUUGGAAGUGGAAUUAUUAAAAUCAUCAUCGACAUCUUUAAAUCAUUCUAAAAAACUUGAGGGUAAUAAACAAAAAGUACCGGAUUCGUGUGGCGGUCGAUCAGCUGAGUAUUCCGUUGCAGCGGCGAUAAGCGCGGAGGACAAAGCCGUUAGGACCGUGACUCAUCACACACCUGAGCGUAGCGGUCAAGCGAGUAAAUCGUUACAUACGGACGCCGGGAACAAAAUAAAUAAUGCAUUUCGAGAAACAUUUUCGCAUGUGUUGCAAAAUGAAAAUAAAACACAAAAUUUUGGUACAAAUGAAUGGACGGUCGUUAAACGAAAGAAAAAGUUAGCCUACAAUAGAUUUGCUGGCAAUCGAGGAGUAGCGACUAUUAAACCGGAAGCUAAGUUUAAGGCAGCACAGGUAUGCGUGCCUAUGUAUAUUUAUAACGUGGACAAAGAGGUAUCUGAGAAGGAUAUUAUGGAUUAUAUUCAGGAAAAGACAGGCUUACUAAUAAAAAUAGAGAAAAUGAUAAUGAAAAUACAAAAAGAAUAUAACAGCUACAAAAUAUUUGUUCCUAAACACAAAGAAAGUGUCUUGAUGAACGAUGAGUUCUGGCCAGAAGGCAUCUCUUAUCGGCGCUUUAUUGACUUCAAAAAUAAAAAUAAAAAAGACUCGGAUAUACGAGUUAACAAUAUAUAA